AUGCCGCCGCCGAUGACACGCCAUCGCCGCUGGGUCCGGCAGCAGCUGGAGACGUGGGAGUGUCUUGGCGCACAACAUGAGCGGUACUCUGCAAGGAACUGGCCCGACAGCGUUCACCUCGUCUUCGUGCGGAAGCUCGUCGAGGAACUCUCGGAGCAGUUGGAUGUGGCUCAGGAUGCUUCAUCCCGGCAGAUACUGAGUCUCCACGAGACUCAGUAUGCCGGCUGCACGACAUCCCCCAUGCUUGCCAACUGCACUGGCAUGUUGGCCAGACUUUGGGGAGCAUGCAGUGUUUUCUCCCAGGCAGAUGAGGAGACCGUGGUGGUAAAGGAUGGCGAACUCGCAAUUGAUGCUCCGCUCUUCCUGCCUUGUGGCACUACACUCAGCGGGGACUUGAGAGCAAGCGACAAGACACAGAGACCGGCUUGUGACAUGGAGUUGCUUCCAGAGCAGUGCCACCUGAAGGUUCGCAGGCAUGAGGGCUGCCCCGUCGCUGCAUCGACACCCCGUGCGGGCACCACAGAGAGCCAGGAACCGAACCCUCAGUCGGACACUGAGCCACUGAGCUGUGCUGGCAGCACCUGCCUUGCGGGUGAGAACCUCACGAAAUCAACAGCCGUGGACACAACGCAUGCAAUUCAUGGGCCUGCUCUUUUGGAUUACUUCUCUGCGGCUCGUCUGCAAUGCCAGAUUCCAGCAAAGCGGGGCCAAGAGCACGUGGCAAAAGGACUAAUUGUCUUGUUACGGCAUGUGGCCGAGCUUGGCAGGUUCGACACGCCGUCCGAUGCAGUCGUCGCAUUUUCGGAUGGGGUGGACCGCAUUCUCUCAGACUCCGAACCUUUUCCCGACGAUGUCGAACGCAAGAAGCGCUUCGAUUGCCUCUUGAUUGAUGAGAGCAAUGUUAAAGCUAGAUUUCUACCGUUGGGAGAUCCUUCUUCCUACAGUCCACAGUCUCGCUUGGUCUUCAUCUCAGGUCAGGACUGGUGCGUGAUGCUUGCGAGAACCAGCACAACCCAUUUUUCUGAAGAUUAUGUCCGCCAAACCGUCGGCAACAACCUCGCUGACUUGUUAACUCACUGCCUGGACUCUGAUGAAGGUGUGCGUGCGGCAGCGCACCAUAUCAUUCAAGAGCAUGCCUUGGGCGCCCUCGGCUUCGUGAAGGAGCUGAUCGCAGACACCGUGCUCCGUCAGAUGACAGACAUCUUGUCAACCGGCAGGGAGACACAGACGACCUGGAGGCUCAUGGCACCGUACAUGGCCCAUCUCGAGCCGCUCCUGCGAUGGCUGACGAAGAGUCAGCGUCAGGAUUGGGCAUCUCUGCUUGUCAAUUUCUUACAUAGCCUUCAAUCAACAUCAGCUCAAACCAGAGCUACUUACCAGAAGCUGGCGGUUGGUCAUCUGAAGCUCCUGUGCUUCGCGGAUGACGAUGCCAGUCGAACCUAUGCAGAUGAAAGGCGGCAGCUCCUGGCCUUGUCGGACUCGCCGGACUUUGCAGAGGUGAAGAGCAGCAUGGCAAGUCUGUUCCGUUGCUAA